GGUCGCUCUCACGCUCUUCGUGCCCGCCGCCUCCCCUCCCCGCCCCGCCCCAUGGCCUCCAUCGCCGGAUCCGCCCUCUCCUUCGCCAGGCCCGUCAAGGCAAUCGGCACCAACUCGCUGUCUUUCUCCAGUGCAACGAGGGGUAAUGCAUUUCUCCGCCUUCAGCCGGUGCCCAUGAGAUUUGCAGUUUGCUGCUCGGCAAAAAAGGAAACAGUGGACAAGGUUUGUGACAUCGUCAAGAAGCAGCUUGCUGUUCCAGAAGGCACUGAAGUUGUCGGUGCCACCAAGUUCUCUGACCUUGGAGCAGAUUCACUCGACACGGUUGAGAUCGUGAUGGGCCUUGAGGAGGAGUUUGAAAUCAGCGUGGAGGAGUCGAGCGCACAGGCGAUCGCGACAGUUGAAGAUGCUGCCACGCUCAUCGACAAGCUUGUCUCCGCAAAGUGCGCUUAAGGAAGGGAGGUCAUAAAUUGUGAUGCUGGAAGCUCUAAAGCUAGUGGUCCUACGUUGGGUCGAUCCUUGUUGUUCUACCAUAGGUUUUAUUAUGUGGACUCUAGAGGCUUGUUGAUUUUCUUAGGACUAUUGUCCCUGCUUUGUGGUAAUAAGAUAAUUGUUGAAGUAAUUAAGGUGCUGAACAUCUGGGUUGUUAGUUUGAGCGGCGCAGGUUGCUGUAUACAUUUCUUGUGCCAUAAAAGAAGAAUGUGCGGGUACUGUACUAGGCAACUACAUCAGCGUGUACACUUAACUUGUGAUUUUUCGUGUUUUCACUUA